AUGGCCUCCACCACGAUCUUUCGCCUCUUCGCGUUGUCAGCUGCUUUGGGCCAGGCAACUGCCAGCUUCAGUCUCGAUACUUCUGGUCCCAGUUGGGCCUAUACAACCAAGGACUUGGCAGACACGACGUCACAGACUUGCAAGGACGCCUACAGCGCCAGUAUCAACUGCGAUGAAACUCUCCUCAAGAUUGUGGCCUCCAUGGAUCCCGACUUCGACCCUCAAUCUUCGGACUUGGAGGCUAUGUGCACCACGACAUGCAAAGAUUCAGUGUCGCAGUAUAUCAAAAACGUCAAAUCUUCAUGUGACAAGGAUGGCGAUCUAGCCGGGAUUGCCAGUGGGAAUAAGUAUAUCUAUGAGGCUCCCGUGGCAACCGUGGGCGAGGUUUUCCAGUACAAAUAUGGCCAAUCUUGUGCCAAGAGCGGGUCUGAUUACUGCUACUUGACCUAUCCCGAGAGCGAAGAUUGGGCCAGAACCGACUUCCCAUGCAGCGACGAAUGUGCAGUCAAGUUUUUCCGAAACGCACACGAGCAACCUGGCUCAGCAUAUUUCUUCAGCUACUUCGCUCUUGGUAACCAGUCCUCAUACUGGGAGGAGACUUUUGCUGGUGGCUGGGAAACUGUUGUUCAAUGCGGCGAUGGUGGAAGCACUGUAAGCUCCUUUAGCGCGACAAGUUCGACGAAGGCCGAUAUCGUUGACACUUCAUCUGUGACCAGCUCAAUUAGCACCAAAGAGGCUACUUCUAUGACCUCAACACCAACUGUUGCGAUGACAACCGCUUCUCCAAUUCGGUCUGCCUCCGAGACAAUCUCAGCUACAGCUACUAGUGGCGCUUCGAGGCUCAAAGCCUCCUUUUUGUUUUUUUAG